UAGCUUACAAUAACGUUAGCUUCCUUUUGCAAGUUGGACGUCGUAGCUGGAUACGUAGCUUGUGCAGAAAGUGAGCCGUAACAUCAGCCCAACAAUGUUAGCUAAUGUUAGCAAGCUAGCUCUACUAUUUUAACCUGCGUACGUGAUUUGCAUUGUUAGUGUAUGCUCACGUAUCCCACAAUAUAACGUUACAGUAAUUUUUGGAUCAAGUAGCGUUAGUGUCGUCUAACAACUCGAAUAACUAAGACUAGAAGUGACUAUUUCAGGAAUUUGUUUCAUCCUCGGGCCUGGAACGUUUUUAUGUUGUUGAGCCUGGCAUUCAACCUUCAUUUGCUCAUUCAAAAUGCAAAACAUGGGCAAGAAACAGAACCCCAAGAGUACAAAGAAGGAUGCAAUGGACACGCAGGAAGAGCCUGAGGAAUUUGUUGUGGAAAAAGUACUCGACCAGCGUAUUGUCAAUGGAAAAGUAGAAUUCUUCCUCAAGUGGAAAGGAUUUACAGAGGCCGACAAUACCUGGGAGCCAGAGGAGAACCUGGAUUGUCCAGAACUGAUUUCAGCAUUUUUGGAAGCACAGAAGAACGUUACAGAGAAGCCUGCUCCUGUUAAAAGAAAGGCAUCAACAGAUGAGCCAGAGACAGAAGCCAAGAAGAAAGAACCUGAGAAACCACGUGGCUUUGCGAGGAACCUCGACCCAGAACGGAUAAUUGGUGCAACAGACAGUAGCGGGGAGUUGAUGUUCUUGAUGAAAUGGAAAGAUUCGGAUGAAGCAGAUUUGGUUCCAGCCCGUGAGGCCAACACUCGCUGCCCUCAGGUGGUUAUUUCCUUCUACGAGGAGAGACUGACAUGGCAUUCCUGUCCAGAGGAUGAGGCUCAAUAAUAGUUGUCUGGUCCCUGCAAUCGCUUGCACCACGUAACACCCUUUUCCUCAGGACUGAAUUUUCUCCUCUGGCUUGCCUUUUGCUUUUAGCCAUCAUUAUUUUCAAAGAUGUUUUUGCUUUGAUGUUUUUGCUUUGAUAGGCUGUCAAGGAGAGUUAUGUUAUUGUACAUAUCAGCUGAACCGUUUGUAAGGGAGUAGGUGGUGGUGUUGUGCUGUACAAUGAAGUCUUCCGGUAUCAUAUUAAUUGAUGUGAUGGCAGUUUAGAACGCAUAUUCUUACAUAGGACCCAUCACAGCCCAUAUUCUUAUCUGAUAAAUUUUUGUAAUUUCUAAAUGGCUACUUUGGUCUGUUAUGGUAACCUCUUGUAUCUCAAUCUCAUGUGAAAUGCUGAUUCGUUUGGUUCGUUUUUCCACAGUUAGUGCUAAUGUUUUGUUCUAAAAGUGCAUUUUGUAUACUCUUGUCUGUAAAUAUUAUUUGAAGUUCUAAUAAAGGUUUUAUGUGACCAAA